GUUGGGGUAAACCACGCACGCAUUCUCAAGCGCUUUCAGAAAUGGCGGACGGUGAUAGCAGCUAUUCGCAGCAGCUACCUUGCGUUUUUUCACCAAAAUCACAACAAUACCUAGCAGUGUGUGCUCAGGAUGGAAGACUUCGAAUUUGGAACACAGACAGUAAAACGCUUCACCAGGAAUACGUGCCUUCAGCUCAUUUGAGUGCUACUUGUACAUGCAUACAUUGGGGACCAUGCCGGACAGUCAAGGAGGGUCCUCAGAGGAAGAAGAGGAAAUCGGAAGCAGGACACGUAGAAGAAAAAGCGGACCUGUUGGCAAUGGGCACGGUGGCAGGCACAGUGCUCAUUUACAGUACAGCUAAGGGUGCUCUUCACUGUACUCUGGAUGGAGGCCAUAGCGGGGGAGUAAAUUGCGUACAUUGGCACCCAGAAGACUGUUUAUUGUAUAGUGGCUCAGAUGACUCACAUAUUGUAGAAUGGGAUCUACAAACGGGCAAGACACGGAGUAAGUGGAAAGCAGACCGUGCUGCAGUGACCAGUUUGUGCGUGAGCCCAGAUGGUAAACUGCUUCUUUCAGCUGGACAGACUAUCAAGAUGUGGGAUUUGGACAGCAAGGAGGUUUAUAGGAAAUUUACCGGGCACUCCAGCGCUGUGACGACGCUACGCUUUGCCACCACACGACCCCCAGACAGCAGUGGUCUCUAUUUUUUGUCUGGCGCUGUUCACAAUAGACUGCUCAGUGUAUGGCAAGUACGAGAAGAUGGCAAGGACAAGAACUCAGUUGUGUCUUUCACACUGACAGAUGAGCCUCGACAUAUUGACCUUGUCACAUCCAGAAGCAAGGACCAGGCGGUAAGGCUUGCAGUGGUGUGUAAAGAUGGACAGCUGCAUCUCUUCGAGCACUUUCUAAAUGGGCCCUGCAAGAAGCCCCUGUCCCCUUCAUGCACGGUGCAAAUGUCAGACACAAAGGAUUCCCCGAUGCCAAUUCCCCUCCUUGCAGCUGCCCUGAAUGCUGAGUCAAGGGCUGUGACGCUGGCUUAUGGCAACUAUCUACAGCCCGUAAUAGAGAAAGUGGAUAUCCAAACCGCUGAUAGACAUAUUUGUCUGACAAGAAAUGUGCAGACCACCUUGUCACUUUCUAUUGCAUCUACCCUAUCUAAGGUGAAAACCCCAAUUACCAACUCUAAGAGCAAAGUGCUGAUUCCUGGGCUUCCUGGUCAUCAAGCCCCAGUCACAGGAACUUCAGUGGCAACAGAGAAAAGGAAAAAAGACUCUGAUUCCAAAGAGGUGUCAAUAGCAGAGCGUCUUGGUGAAAUUGAUCUCCAGUCUACAGCUUCCACAAAGAAAGAGUCUAAAGGGACGCCCUCUUUAAAAACUGACAAUUUUGCGGUUUUGCUGGUGCAGGGACUUGAGAGCCAUGACAACGACAUCCUAAAUAAAGUUUUCCAGACCCGUAAGGAAAUGGUAAUAAACAAUACUGUUUCACGGCUACCCCUCCCUGCUGUUCUGCCAUUAGUGGAACAGAUCACCAAGAGAUUACAAGGGCACCCUUUCUCGGCAGUUCUCAUGGUCCGGUGGCUCAGAGCUGUGCUGAUGCACCACACAUCAUACCUGUCUUCGCUGCCCGACGUGGUUUCUCAGCUGGGAGUGCUUUAUCACAUUAUUGAAAGCAGAGUGAAGAUGUUCCAUAAACUGACCAAGUUACAUGGAAAACUAUACCUCCUCGUUUCACAGGUGGCAACAAAUAAUAGCACCAACAAGGUAUCUGAUGUUGACCACACAGCCAAGCUGGUGUAUGAAGAGGAAUCUUCGGAUGAAGAUGAGGCCUCUGGGGACGAAAGACUUCUGGAUGAAGACUCGGAUAAUUGGGAGGAGGAGGAGGUGAUGGAAGAUGACGGCAAAGAAGGUAUUGACCAGGGUGACGAGGAUAUCGACAACAGGACAGAUUCCAAAGAAAACGGGGAGGAAAAAAUGGAGCACGAUAAUGAGAGUGAAGAAGAAUAAGAACUCAAUCCACAAAAUGGACAUGGAAACAGUUAUAUAUACUUUCAUUUUAGUUUCAUGCUUUUGAUUUUAUUAUGACAACAAAGUAUUGUGUUACUAAAUCGAGGAACGUGUUGGAAUUAGUGCAGUUUGACCUCCAUUUUACGUUAAACUUUCAGCAAAGAUCUUUUACAGUCUGAAGACCGCCAUCUUGGGGAGCGCAACACAUUAUGCAGCAUUAAAUUAAUGCUGUCUGACUUAGUCAGUUUUAGUCUGCAUCCCAGUUCUUUGUGGCCUGGUGAAGUUGUGAAUGACUGAAGAGAAUUUGGAGCUGUUUCCAGGUUAGUCGGCAUUUAAGAUGUUUUGUAUUGCAGCCAACAACACAGUACAGUGGACAAGUCGGCACAUUCUUAUUGGUUGGCUAUAACCAUGUUUAGUCCUGGUUAUUGACGCUGGGGUGAAGGCGUUAUUGUACAAAAUAUUGUUUAAUCCAGAGUUGAUCUUGUUCAGUAAGAUCAUACAUCAUGUUCCUAUACAGCAAUGUAAAUUUGUAUGUACAGUGAAGUGUUUGUAUGAGCUCUUCCCUCUACAACUAUUCCGCAGAGGUCCUUCAGAUUAAAGGAACUCGUUUAAAGUCUCCUGAAGGCUUUUCUUUAUUUGUGUUUUUGCUAUCCUAUUUUUUUUAAUAGACGUUAUUUUGGGGCAUACUGUUGUCCACUGCCUUAAACAUGAAAUAGGCAAAUAUAAAAGGAUUACACAAUGAAAUGUAAUCAAAAGGCUGAGUUUUAACGACAUACUGUUUGUAAGUUGGAAUGAAUCAUUUGAAUACCUUGUUUUUCCCCAAUUUUACAGUGUGUUCAAAAUGAGUUGGGGAAAAUAAUGCAAUCAUUUAAUACUUUGACUUGGGUUGUGUUUUAUAAUGCGUAUAAUGUAAAUUGCAAUGUACCAGAUGUUUCCCAACACUGCACAUACACCUACAAGUGGUUUUUCAAAUGUGGAUUCAAAUUAAAAUGUAGGUCAGAAUUACUGCUAUUGG